AUGACAGACAUCUACCUGAACUGCAAUUCAUCCAAUCUCAAAGUCGCAGAAGCUCUCAAGAAGGAAGUUGAAUCCCGAAGUAAGCUUGCCGUUGCGGUACUAGAUAACAAGGAUGAUGAAGAUGAAGAAAACCUCGACUUUAUGAACAACAUUGCUCGGGCGAAGCAGAUGAUCAUUAUUCUUACAAAAGGUCAUGCCACUAUUACAGCCUGGGUCAUUGACCGCAACUAUCACCGAAUUGAAAUAUUUCACAGAAGACAACAAAAUACUAUGAUGACGAUGACGAGGAAACCCCAAUACAUCGACUUUUCCAAGUCGCAAAGCUCUGGAAUGCAAAAACUAUUAGCUUUGCUACAACCGACUACGGAAAACAAAGUGAUGUUAUCUGGGACAAAACGUCCACCAUAUAGCAUUUCCAAAGUAUGGAAGAAGCGAACAAAGGGUGCAAGAACCAACCAGCAGGGUGCUCUGCUAUUACUAUGA